GUUUCUCUAUUAUAUACACAGCCUAGAUACUAGUUAGAUACACAGAAAGAUACAAUGUCGGCUUACAGAGACCAAGAUCCUCGUAUCCAUGGCAUCCAAACUAAGAUUCGCGUUGUCCCUGAUUUCCCUAGAGAAGGUAUCAUGUUUCAGGAUAUCACAACUCAUUUAGAAGACCCAAAAGCCUUUUGAAGUUAUUUGAGGUAUUUACUUCUGAAAUAUGAUGGAUUUUCUUAUUCAGGCAUAGAAGCACGAGGAUUUAUUUUUGGACCUCCUAUUGCAUUGGCAAUUGGAGCAAAGUUUGUUCCAUUGAGAAAACCAAAGAAAUUGCCUGGUGAAGUUAUUAAAGAAGAGUAUGUUCUGGAGUAUGGAAGUGACUGCCUUGAGAUGCAUGUUGGAGCAGUCCAUUCAGGGGAACGGGCUUUGGUGGUUGAUGAUUUGAUCGCCACUGGUGGCACUCUGCGUGCUGCUAUGAAUUUACUGGAACGUGUUGGAGCAGAAGUUGUUGAAUGUGCUUGUGUAAUUGAACUACCGGAUUUAAAGGGUCGUGAACGAUUGAAUGGCAAGCCCUUGUAUGUACUCGUGGAAUCCCAUUAAUAAUGGCAGAUAUGAUUCUCCUGCCAUGGUUUCAGCACGACGAAAAGUACAUUAGAGGGAUAUUGGCGGCUACUCAUCUGGAAUCUGCUAUCGGUUCAGCCCCACUGUUUCCAUGAGUAGUGAAUUUUCGAGGAACAGUGGUGGUUGAGACCCUUAUUUUACCUGUUAGCUUAGAAACAUUGAUUUUAUGUGAAAGGCUGGAUUUGAAAAAGAAAGGUUGAAGGGAUCUCUCAUUUUUCCCUUUCUUGAAAAUGAAUUUAUGUUUACUCAACCAGUGCUUUUAUUUUGAGAUUAGGCUUUGCUGUGCAUGCGCUAUUGAUAUGAGUAAGGUAUUUUGCAUAAUUUUGAAACUGGCUACACAACCAUGUCAAAUUUUAUUCGGUUUGUCCAAAUGUGAUUGAGGGUGGAUGGAGAAAAUACAGGCUAUUUAAAUUUUCA